GCAUAGUGAGACCUCUUCAUUUUCAUCUAUCUUUAGUUAGUUAAUACCGAUGGAGAGAGAUGUGGAGAGAUGAUGGAGAACGAAGCUGCGGCGCUGACAGACCAGCCGAGUGAAAGAGUGUCGGUCCAUGAGGCCUUCGGGUGCCUCUAAGAGAACCCAUGGAGCCUGACGUCGUCCCGCUGCACUCCUCCUCCCCUCCGCCUCUGGGUGAUGAUGGUGACGGGGAGCUGGGAUCAGAGGAUGACGAGUUUGGAGACUUUGGGGGAUUUUCCUGCUCCUCUCUGGGUUCUGCCACUGAGCCGCCUCCUCCCUCCUUAAAACCAGCCGCACAUCAAAGCACCUGCAGCUUUAAUCAGACAGUUGAACAAUCUCAGCCCACAUCCACUGUGAACCUGGAGUCAGACAGGAGUCAGACGGACAUGGAAGGGCAGGACUGUAGCGCUGCAUCUUCUUUGCACCUCACAAACGGCUUUGCUGGAAGACACCAUGACUCUGGGGCUCACGGUGCUGCUACAGUCGGUGCUUGCUCUCCUGAGGAGGAAACAGGGUUCGCUGAUUUCACCGUGUUCACCGAUCAGGCGGCACAUCCCUGGUGCUGUGGCUUCUCUCCCGUGGGCAGCACCGAGCAGUGGGACGGCAGAGCAGGAGGGACAAACCUCAGCCUGGGUGGACAGAUCUGCAGUUCUGGACAGGAUGUCGUCAUGGAGUCCGAGCCCAGAUCUCACUGUGCACAUCAGGCAAAUACAAACGUCAUGAACUGUGAGAACAGAGAUGCAGCACGUGCACAACCAUCUCAGGACCACCAUCAGCCUCAGGACGCUGCAGCAGCUUUGGAUUUUCCAUCUGGUGAGGAGGAGCUAGACGAGCCUGGGGACACUGAGAGGGAACGGAGGUUUGGUCUUAAUUCUUUACAAAUCUCUGAGGCGGAAGAAGAGGCAGGAAACAAAGAUCAUAGUGUUUCUAGUGUCCUGCAAAGACUGGGCAUGUAUGAGUCUGCCUCUGAGGACCUGGCCUCCUGCGGUGAUGAUCUGUCGUUUGAGGGAGUUUCUGCAGACUUGGAACCAAACGUCUCGUCCCUGGAUCAGACGGACUGGGACCGAACUGAUGAUGAGGAUGAAGAACUGGAACUUUCUGACUCGUUUGUCAACAGUAGAACAGGAAACCUCAGCCAGCCCGAGUCAGAGAGGGGCUUUCAUCAUUGUGACCAACAUGAGACUCAGGAAACUCGUGCUACCUCCAACCAGUCCCAGCCUGGAGCUGAUGCAGAAGGCAGUUCUGCUGACGGUGGUUCUGAGCAUCACAGGGACCAAAAAGUCGUCCAAACAGCUGACGCAGGGGUGAGGAUUCUGGGAAACCUCCCACCGAGUGACAGCUUUGCUGAUUUCUGCUCAGCGCCCACGCAGGACGAUGGACAGUCGUGGGCGGCGUUCAAGGACCAGAGCGCAGAUGAGCAAGGAAAAGCCUGGCCUCAGAUCAGAGAGCCGGUCAGCAGGCUGCAGAUCGAUGAGGACACCGAGGAGGAUCAGGAUGGGGAGGGACAGCAUGGAGGCAGCAGGAGGAGGAGCUGCCAGGCUUCUCUUUGCUGCCGUGUCCAGCAGCUCCUGCAGACCAGUUUUCCAGAGGUGGUGGUUCCAGCUGCAGAAGGUGAGGAGGAGCUGCUGGGCCUCGGUGCUCUGCUUCAGACCAGACAUCCCUCUGAGGACGAGGAGGCAGCACCAGAACUCAGUGGUGCUCUGUGGAUUCAGGAGGAGAUGUUAUCACCACACCGGGACGUCCACAGUGCCGUGGGCCUCCAGUUUCAGUGGGGUGGUUCCCACACCAACAGGACUCUGCUCAGGUGCCUCGGCGUGGACACCAGGAACAUUGUGAGUUUGGCUUCAGGGGCAUCUUUAAGAGUAACUGGGUUAACGAGCUCAAACUUCUAUUUCAGUCUAACCGAGUCUAACUGUGCUAAAGUGCUGGAACGACAGAAUACUGUUGAUGUUUGUCGCUCGUAAUAAUGAGAUUGUUAUGCUGUUGCUCCAGAUAAAAAUACACGCUGAGCCAGACUCCAAACCAAAACAAAAUCUUUGUCGUCUAUAAUCGGACCAUUCAAUCUGCACAGCAUCUCUCUGUGAGCUGAAUGUAUUUCUGCUACUCCUAAACAGAAAAAAGCUUGUUUUUCCAGCAUAUUAAAUCAUUUCAACCUGGUUAUUUUAUACUGAAAUGAUAACAACAGUUUACAUAUUCAUAUGAUUUCUGAAAAUACAUCAGCUGGUGAUCCCAGAAGAAGCAGUCAGUAACAUAAUGCAGUUAAGUGUUUAGAUGAGCUGCAGGGUUGGUUGCUGAAAUGGAACAAACUGACUUUUCUGUCUUGGUGUAAAGUUCUUGUGUCAACAUUCAGUAAACCUAAAUGUCAAAUAUUCUCUAACAGUCUCCAUUAGGUUGGAAACACAGGGCUGUUCACAGGUAGUCUGUUCCUCCUGCUGCCAGAUAGAAUGAAAUAAUCCUGGAGGUUGAUUAAUGUAACACCAGCGAUAUCCGACCAAUGCAGAUUUGGUUGGUUAGAGUGUUUGAAGCCACCAGGAGUCCAUGGCCCUACAGGGAAACCUUUUACUCAGUAGGACUUCAUCAUUUUAUGUCAGACUGUGCUGCAAACAGAAACCGUAACCUUUUUGUUGUACGUUGUGCAUCUUUGUCCUGUUAAAGGUGUUCAUUGGCACCAACAAGCAGCCGGUGACUGUGCCUGCUUUUGCAUCGGGUCUGGUGAGUCUGCUGGAGGAAAUGUGAGCUUAUUUUUAGUGGGAAUAAGUUCCGUGAUGUCAGAAGAUUGUCCAAAUGAUGACAAACAGCUUCCUCUCACAGUCCAAAGACAUGCUGAGGUUAAUUAAUGAUUCUAACCGGUCUGUAGGUGUGAAUGUGAAUGUUUGUCUCUGUGUAGCCCUGUGAUAGACUGUUACCUGUCCAGGUGUCCCCUGUCUUCACCAGUCUCUGCACACUGCGUGAUUUUUGCCCAUCUCAGACCAAAGAUAACAGUGAGAGAAUUGUGGCGAUAUCAUUGGUUGUGGCUCUAAAUCGGUGGUCCUACGUCACACUGUGAGGCAGGUUGUUGUAAUGGCGACCAAAGACAAGCUGCCAUAAAAUUCUGGGUGAUCAUCUCACAGUGUGACUGCUGCUGGACCUACAACAACUAAGUAACCAAUAGAAAUGGGGGAUGAAAUGACGUACUGAUCAGUGCCACACUGGAGCUAAACCCACAUACAUGAUUUGCAGCAUCAAAACAAGUAUUUAAACAAAGAAGACAGCCUGGUAGAGUUGCGGCAGCAGAAGCCUCAGAAGGGCUCAUGUUUGGCUAGUUCCCUGUGAUUGUAGGGCUCAUGUUUGGCUAGUUCCCUGUGAUUGUAGGGCUCAUGUUUGGCUAGUUCCCUGUGAUUGUAGGGCUCAUGUUUGGCUAGUUUCCCUGUGAUUGUAGGGCUCAUGUUUGGCUAGUUCCCUGUGAUUGUAGGGCUCAUGUUUGGCUAUUUCCCUGUGAUUGUAGGGCUCAUGUUUGGCUAGUUUCCCUGUGAUUGUAGGGCUCAUGUUUGGCUAGUUUCCCUGUGAUUGUAGGGCUCAUGUUUGGCUAGUUUCCCUGUGAUUGUAGGGUUCAUGUUUGGCUAGUUCCCUGUGAUUGUAGGGCUCAUGUUUGGCUAGUUCCCUGUGAUUGUAGGGCUCAUGUUUGGCUAGUUUCCCUGUGAUUGUAGGGCUCAUGUUUGGCUAGUUUCCCUGUGAUUGUAGGGCUCAUGUUUGGCUAGUUUCCCUGUGAUUGUAGGGCUCAUGUUUGGCUAGUUUCCCUGUGAUUGUAGGGUUCAUGUUUGGCUAGUUCCCUGUGAUUGUAGGGCUCAUGUUUGGCUAGUUUCCCUGUGAUUGUAGGGUUCAUGUUUGGCUAGUUUCCCUGUGAUUGUUUGGCUAGUUUCCCUGUGAUUGUAGGGCUCAUGUUUGGCUAGUUUCCCUGUGAUUGUAGGGUUCAUGUUUGGCUAGUUUCCCUGUGAUUGUUUGGCUAGUUUCCCUGUGAUUGUAGGGCUCAUGUUUGGCUAGUUUCCCUGUGAUUGUAGGGUUCAUGUUUGGCUAGUUCCCUGUGAUUGUAGGGCUCAUGUUUGGCUAGUUCCCUGUGAUUGUAGGGCUCAUGUUUGACUAGUGUCCCUGUGAUUGUAGGGCUCAUGUUUGGCUAGUUCCCUGUGAUUGUAGGGCUCAUGUUUGGCUAGUUCCCUGUGAUUGUAGGGCUCAUGUUUGGCUAGUUCCCUGUGAUUGUAGGGCUCAUGUUUGCCUAAUUUCCCUGUGGUUGUAGGGCUCCGUUUAUGCUUCAGUUGCUUAUUUUCCAUUUCAAGCUGGAAACGUAUAAGAUUGUAAAAGUCACACAGUGUGUAGAGGCCGUUAGUCAGCUGAGACAGACUCCAGCCUAAUGAGGAUGAAUGCGGUGUAUAGAUGAUGGAUGGACUUCUACAUGUUCCUCUGCACAGAAUCUAUCUUGAUUGAUGUCAAAAUUGUCAUAUUUGACAAAUUUUGGAAUGUUCAUGCUGUUUUUGCUAUUCAUCAGGGAAUGCUUGAACCCACCAAAGACUCUGUGCCGACUGCCGGUUCUCCAGGACACUCAGCCGUCUCAGCACAAGCACCUCCAGGGCGCCGAGACAUCCCGGACCCCUCACCACAUCCAGUGCAGGAGGAGCUCCCUUCCAGCCAGCUGGACUGGAGCAGCCGUGGCCUUAGCAGCUCUCAGGACGGUACGUCCCCUCGCCGAGCCCCUCACUUCUGGGGUCGGAAGUAGACUGCCAGCCAUCCCCUACAUGGCUUCUGUUCAUGAAAACCUCUGAGAGUUUACUCCUCACUUCCUCCGGGGCAUGCGCUGCUUCCCUGAGUUCACGCCGUGUUUCCCCUUCACUCACCGCGACACAACAUUUAGGAAAAGAAAAAGAAAUCACGUUAGGCGAACAGAGAAGUGACCCAUCAGUGACAGGGGAAACACUGCUGACCCUCUGUUCUCUCCUUCACCUGUUCUGGUGUGUCGUCUUCACCUGCUGUCAUUUUCAGGCAGAUUUUAUCUCAGUAUUUAUCAGGGAAAUCUGGAGUCCAUCAAUAGAUUGGAGCAGCUGAUAUGAGUGAAGGCUCCUGAAAACUGCUUUUUUUUUUUUUGUUUGCCAAGUUAAAGUCACAUUUGCACUAAACGGUGAUUGUGAUUCUCCUACUGAGUAAGUAUCAGUUAACACAUCGGGCAUGAUUAUCCAAAAGACCAGUUUUUAAUUUAUUGAUGGCCAGUGUGGAGGUUCAACCUGCAUUUCUAUGAUCCAUACUAAUGCUUUAAAGCUGACAGUAUCGCCCGCUUUUUGACUUCAUUCAACACUAAAGUGUAUUUAUUUUUCUCUGAAGCCAUUUAUGUGUUCAUAUUUGUGGGUGAAAUGGUUUCCAGUAAGAUAUUUGUUCACUCAGGAAGGUUUCACCAAUUUAAUUUAAUUUAAUCAGAAUUAAAGUCAGUACGGAAGUUUUUAGUGCAACAUUCAUACAGUUUUAGGGUGAAUAUGUGUAAUUAUCCUAAAAAUAAAUUCCAGCAGUGGUGAUUGUUAGAUUUAGCAAAUUAUGCAACAUAAAUUACACAUAAUUCAUAAAGAUAAUAAAUACUUGGAGGGGAGACAAAGAGCCAAAAAAAGUCACUAACAAAGAAGGUGCAAAUUUGCAUGCUGUUAUCACCUUUGUGUCAUUUUUUUAGUAACAUAAAUAGCCCUAAUUAACAAAUAAUACCCGAGUAUUAAUUGGCAGUAGUGGUCGGGAGUCAGUUUGCAUUUUAGGACAGUGAUAAGACAAACUUUGCCACAGAAAUCAUUGUUCUGCUGCAUGUGUUUAAAGAGGAUUAUGCUAAAGAAGUAUUUCUAAAAAGAGAAUGUGUUCAGUUUUCACAUAAACACUGUGAGAUGACGCUGAAACACUGAAAAGACAGCUUAAAAAAAUGAACCACCAGAGUUUAAAACGAACAUUUAGGUUCGUAGCAUGUAAGAUAAGGAGGUGUUGUUGAUGAACUAACAGAUAUAUACGCUCGUAUAUAACCAGGGAUGGAGCUGAGAGCCUCGUUAACGCGACUCACCGAAUUCUGCAGUAAUUUUCUACCUGAAACGUGGAGCUGAAUCCACAUAAACAGAAGCCCUCGAGGGUUAAGGAAGCUUCAUUUUUCUUUGCUGAAUUUUAAUUUUAUUCCUGAAAAAUACACAUUCACAAUCCCAACAAGACUAAAGUUCAGUGAUCAAAUGAUGAAUACUGAACAGAGCAGUGUUGUAAUGAUAAGUAGUGCACAGCAGAGGGCGACGUGUUCUCAGUAGAUGGUGCUCAGUGCAGAAAAAAUGUCUGAAUAUAUUUACUGUUGGGACAAAUCAAGUCAAACAGAGCAAUCAGUCACUAACAUGAAGAGAUGUGUACCUCAUGUAUAUUUAAACGCGUAUUUGUAGUCUGUUCUUUUUCUUUAUAUCAGUAUUUAUUCUUUCUGAAAUCUAUUUUCUGGAUUUAAUUUAAUCUGUUUGGGGCAUUAUUGACAUAAUAGGAUGAUAUAAAUGAUGAUUUCUGCUGCUUUUACUGUUUUUAUUUCCAGUUUUUCUUUUCUUUCUGUGCACCUCUUCCUAUAAGAUAUGAACAUGUUGACGAGGACAGAGUGUUUGAUUCCAAAGCCUCUCAUUUUGAGAACUUAACAGAUUCCUGAAAACCAUUUCCUCAGUGUUUCGUCACCAAUCGAAGGUGUUUCUACAACAUUUCUGUAAAUCCAGGUUGCAGUCUUUCAUCAUGAGUUGUGCCUUUUUGCCAGCAAUCAUUUUCUAAACCUUUUUUUUUUUUUUUCCAAGCAGUGAAAGUAUCUUUGGACCUAUAGUUUGCUGAUGAAACAGACUGUUUUUUUUUUAUUUUAUUUAUUCAGAUUUACUGCUCAAAUUGAGAACUAAUGCACUGCUGUGAGGAGUUGUGGGAAAUCCUGUAAAUACUGAAAUAAAUCAGUCGAUCCUU